CCGCCACUGUCAAUCCGUCUUAUCUAGAUGACCUCUAACCUCAAAAUCUACAAAAUAGCAUAUUUCUAAAAUAGUAAAAUUCCUCAUUAUGCACUUGCGUUCUCUAAAAUGUGCACUUACAAACACAAAUUUCAUUAGAUUUUCGCUCUCUUUCGGCCCCCCCUCACCCGUCUCAAUACCCAUUCGAUCAAUACAACACCUAAGUAAGUGCAAUUUUUUUUCAACAAAACCUGCAGAAAUGGCAAAACCGUCUGUCUACGUAACAAGAGAAAUCAAUAAAGAAGCCCUCGCUGUUUUAGCCGACACCUGCGAGGUCACAUUCUGGCCAGGACCGGACCCAGUCCCACGCUCCGAGCUCCUCAAGAACAUCGCCCACAAAGACGCCCUCUUGUGCAUGCUCACCGACAAAAUAGACGCAGAAGUGCUACAAUGCGCAGAACAACUAAAAGUCAUCGCAACCAUGUCAGUGGGCUACGACCACCUAGACUUAAAAGAAAUAAAAAAGCACGAAAUCAAAGUGGGCUACACCCCCGGUAUCCUAACUCACGCCACCGCCGAACUCACCGUCGCUCUUCUUUUAGCGACGAGCCGCCGCCUCUUCGAAGCCAACGCUGCGGCCAGAAAUGGCGGCUGGCAGGCUUGGUCGCCAUUUUGGAUGACCGGGCCGGGGCUGGAAGGAGCCACGGUCGGGAUAGCGGGCUUUGGACGCAUCGGACAAGAAGUGGCCAAACGACUCAUACCCUUCCAAAUUAAAAAACUCAUUUAUUUUAAUAGGUCUCAGAAACCGGAAGCUGAGUCCACGAUGGGGGCGGUCAGAGUUACGUUCGACGAGUUAUUGCAACAAAGCGACUUUUUGGUGGUUUGUUGCGCCCUAACGUCUGACACUGUGGGGAUGUUUGAUAAAGCGGCGUUCCACAAGAUGAAGAAAACGGCAAUUUUUGUUAAUACGAGUAGAGGGGGGCUGGUGGACCAGGAUGAGUUGGUUAAGGCGCUGCAGGAGGAGCGGAUUGCGGGGGCGGGGCUUGAUGUUAUGACCCCGGAACCGCUGCCACUGGACCAUCCGCUUUUUAAAUUGAAGAAUUGUGUUAUUAUGCCGCAUAUUGCGAGUGCGGCGGUACAGACGAGGGCGGGGAUGGCGAUGCUCAGUGUGGAGAAUAUUGUAGCGGGGUUGAAGGGGGAAAAGAUGCCUAGUGAACUUACACUGGAUUAAUAAAUUUGAAUAGAUAAAAUAAGUUUG